UUAUUGUUUUUUUUUCCAGAUUGAAAGAAAUGAGUAGGAUUUAUAAUUGCAAUUGUUUGGAAGUACCAUGGGGAGAUGGAGAUUUAGGUUCUUGGGCAGAUCGCUCACCUCUGCAUGAGGCAGCCAGUCAAGGACGUCUUCUUUCUCUAAAGACUUUAUUGUCACAGGGUUACAAUGUAGACACACUAACUAUUGACCAAGUGACUCCACUUCAUGAAGCCUGCCUGGGAGAUCAUGUAGGAUGUGCAAGGAUCCUUCUUGAAGCAGGAGCAAAUGUAAAUGCUACAACAAUUGAUGGAGUGACACCUUUAUUUAACGCAUGUUCGAGAGGCAGCGCAGCAUGCGCUGAGCUCUUGUUAGAGUAUGGUGCCAAAGCUCAGUGGGAGUCCUGUCUUCCAUCACCAACUCAUGAAGCAGCCAGCAGAGGACACAGUGAAUGUCUGGAGGUACUGAUAUCCUGGGGUAUAGAUGUUGACCAAGACCUUCCUCAUUUAGGAACACCUCUGUACGUGGCAUGUGUGUCACAGCAGAUCCAUUGUAUUCGAAAGCUUCUUUAUGCAGGUGCCAAUGUGCAGAAAGGAAAGCAUUUGGAAACUCCACUGCAUGCUGCUGCCCAGCAUUCAAGUACAGAGAUUGUAAACUUACUCCUUGAAUUUGGGGCAGACAUAAAUGCCAAAAACACAGAUUUUGAGAGGCCUGUUGAUUUAGCUGCUCCUCGCAGUUUAGUAGAGAGACUGCUGCUCCUCCACGAAGCCACACCAUCUUCUCUUUGUCAGCUUUGUCGACUACGUAUCCGAAAUUACAUAGGAAGGGCUAGACUGCAUCUUGUCCCACAACUCCAGUUGCCAACAAUACUGAAGAAUUUCUUACAGUACAGAUAACAUAAUAAUUAACCUUUAGAAAGCUGAAUAGCAAGUCUUCUGUUUAUUGUAAAUUUUACCUAAAGAACUGCUGGGUGGAAAAUAAAGCCUUCUGCAUAUUACUUUAAAAAGACACAAAUCUUUGACACUUGGUGUUGGCAUGUAAUCACAAUUGGGAGCCAUUCAGCAACUGGUACCAAGGUGCUAACAAGGCUGAAUUGAAUAAGUGUGCUGAUACUCUGGGAAAUUAUUGUAUAGGUUUAGCUUAACACUUACUAAUUAGCUUUAGUGCUGUUAAUUUUAUUUGUAUUUAUACUUUAAAAUCUGUUUGGCACAUGGGAACUGCAGCAUUUCUUCAUUUAUAUUUGUUAACUUUGUCCAUUUGGAGUCAUUAUUUUAUGUGUUUUUAAAUUUCUGUUGUUUGUGUACCGAAAAAUACUUCGUGGUAGGUGCACUACAAAUGAUUAAAAAAAAAAAUAAAUGAAUAGAUAGCCA